CUUGUCUAGUUGAAGAAUUGUAUAUAUUGUUUUCUUUCAAUUUGCUUUUGUCUUUCUUUUAUUUGCCUGUUCUGGUUAGGCAUUGCUGGAAGAAUCUAAAGAAGCAUUCAGCUCUCCAACUAUAUAUAUCCAUGCAAGUGCCUUGAGGCUGUACACCAAACAGGCGAUCAUUUUCCAUUUCUCUCGAGCGAGCAAAUUGAGCUCAACACCUCGAUCCACAAGAACCGCAUACACGAGGUCGAAGAUAAAUUUACUAUGGCGCAGACAGCUCCAAACCAGAACCCAUUCCAGCAGCUCAUUUCGGAGUGUGACAAUGACCCAACUCGACUACAAACUCGAUACGAAACUCACCGCUCCGCAAGAAACGCGCAAUAUAAAACUACCAUCCUCAGCCCAGAUUUCCCCGGAUGGACCCUCGACGAGAUCCUGAGCAAACUGCACGCUCAAGAAAUCGGCAAGAAUGAGAAGGACGAGGGACCAUUUAUCGACCACAGAAACAAUCUCGCCUUUUACGCUCGUCCGCCAAAGCAUAUCCGGGAGCUGGUUGGUGAGAUCCAGCGGGAGUUGAAAAGCGUUGCUCCAUCCAUCUGGUUUACGCCGUCCGAGGGCUUGCACAUGACCACACUCGAACUAGCCAACUCGCGAACCCGCUCAGAAUUGGAGGGCCUUGUCUCUGAACUGGAAGCAACUGGCAUAAUUCUAGAACUGGCCGAGUAUACAAUCAACCACCGAUCACGCCUGAUCAAGCCUAUUAUCAGCUACGAUGCAUCAGCAAUGGCGUUGAGCUUUGUCCCUGCAGCCGGAGAGGGGACCGAUAACACAGAUUAUGGGGCAUAUAGCUAUCAUCAUCUGCGGCGGGACCUAUACGACCGAGUCGCAGAGACGGGUAUCAAAGUGAUUCCUAGGUAUAUCGUCCCUUCUGCGCAUAUCACGAUUGCACGGUUCAUUACGCAUGAUGGGUUCUUGCUUGAGAAGGAUGGCUUUGAUGGAACUCGCGUUGAUCGCGAGCAGCUGAAAGCGUUGAUGGAGAAACUUGAGCAUAUCAAUCAGGGAUUGCAACAGAAGUACUGGCCUAGUAGUGAGGGUGGGAAUAUUUCCUCAGGCGAAUGGGUUGUGGGACAUGAGAAGGGCUUGGAGUUGUGUAAGGGUGCAUCAUGGUACGGGAAGGGAGAGUGUGUUCUUAUCGGAAAGGGAUUUAACUAAGAAUCAAACUAUCAACUGCCUUUCUCACUCCACAAUCAAGUUGGCAG